CUUAAUCCAAGGCGGCUACCUAUAAACUAAUCCUCAAUUAAUCUCAUGUUUUCCUUUGUUCUCUUCUACAUUCUUCUAUAUAUAGCUAGCUACUCAACCAGACUUGAGAAAACUUUCCCCAUAGCACUUACUACGUACCCACUCACUUACAAUCUAGCUUUCUGUAUAUUUUAAUUUCAAGCAUUGCUAUACUCUUGUAGAUAUAUGGAAGACUCGCUGAACUCUAUGAUGGAAAAAGCUCGUUCUUCUUCUGAGUCGCCUGAGGAGAGUAGUUGGACCAUGUACUUGGAAGAUUUCUUGACAAACAGUCAUCAUCACGACGAUCAACAGCACAGUUCAUCUUUCUCCUCCGGGUACGAAAACCAUUCCAUAGUCUCUGAUGCUGCUUCUUCGAUCAGCAAAAAUUUAAGUAAUAUCUGUAACGAAGAAGUUUUAGGGUUUAGCGACAGAUCAUCAUCCAGCUGCAUCAUCAAAAGAAAAGCCAAAAAAGCUUUACUUCAUGAUGAUGCCUUGGAGGAUACAGCUACUUCUCCUGUAAAUAGUCCCAAGGUUUGUAAUCUAUACCAUUCAGCAGAUAUGAAACAAAAUCUGCAGAACGAUAAUAGAGACAUCAUUUCUAAGGAAAAAGGAAGUACUUCUGGCAAUGUAGAUGCGACAAGUCCUACUGAAUUGGAUUUUAAUAGGAGGGAAAGUGACUGCACAGAUCUAAAGCUGAAGAAAAAAGGACUUUGCUUAGUUCCAUUUUCUAUGGUCGCCAACUACUUUGGUUGAUUUAUGUAUGUUCUUAUCAGCUGAUACGUAUAUACACUCUCUCUCUCUCUCUCUCUCUCUCUCUCUCUCUCUCUCUCUCUCUCACAACUGAUGCAUCGAUCAGGGUGAAGAAUAUUCACAUGAGAAAAUAAAAUGAUCGGGGCUUGAUGCACUGUA